AAAAUAAUGGAAAGCAUAUUGGCCUUGUUCUCCGCUUUUAGGUUUUGCUGUUUGACGACGCCUCCCUGCUCACUUCAGCCUCCGGCCUUCUCUCUCUGUGAGACCUAAUACCAUGCCUUCAAUUAAGUUGCAGAGCUCUGAUGGAGAGAUAUUCGAAGUUGAUGUUGAAAUUGCAAAACAGUCUGUGACCAUCAAGACUAUGUUGGAAGAUUUGGGAAUGGAUGAUGAAGGAGAUGAUGAUCCAGUCCCCUUGCCAAAUGUUAAUGCAGCAAUAUUAAAAAAGGUCAUUCAGUGGUGCACCCACCACAAGGAUGAUCCUCCUCCUCCUGAGGAUGAUGAGAACAAAGAAAAACGAACAGAUGAUAUACCUGUUUGGGAUCAAGAAUUCUUGAAAGUUGACCAAGGGACACUCUUUGAGCUUAUAUUGGCAGCAAACUACUUAGAUAUCAAAGGUUUGCUUGAUGUUACCUGCAAGACUGUUGCUAAUAUGAUCAAGGGGAAAACUCCUGAGGAGAUUCGAAAGACAUUCAAUAUCAAAAAUGAUUUUACUGAAGAAGAGGAAGCCCAGGUACGCAAAGAGAACCAGUGGUGUGAGGAGAAGUGAAAUUUCGUGUCUAACGCUGUAACACUGUAAGGAUUAUUCCAAAUACUAGUUGCACUGCUUUGUUUAUAAUUGUUAAUAUUAGAAAAACAGUCAACAAAUGCAGCAGCAAGUCAAUUGUAUUAGCAGAAUGCUGUCCUCAUUGCAUGUGUAGUUUCAGUACAGUUCCCAAACUUAACGGCCCAGUUUCUUCUAGUAUGAUUGAAAGUUUCUUUUCUUUGCUCUGAAUAAAAUUGAACUGUGGGUUCCCUAUAGAAAGUGGCAUUUUGGGCUUUCCCUUUUUGUAAAGCAAUUUCUGCCUAGUUUAUUGUCCACUUAAUUUUAGUUCAGUGACUUUUAAAGUUGGCAUUGUAAAUAAAGCAACUUGCAAAAAACCUUCUGAAAUAGAA